AUGACCAAGGGUCUUUCCGUUGGAUUCUCUGAGACGAUAAGUCCCCGAUCGCUGGAUGCCGAUCAUCUCGUAAGGUCUUUCCUAGGAAGGUCCGAGGGUUCCUUCCGUGGGGUUCUUAGUUGCCAAAGAGACUUUUCGCAUGACCCAAUCACCGAUUCGGAAAGAGCGGGGUCUAACCCUUGA